AUGACUGGUAAAGAUUCUGAGAAGGGGCAGCGCUAUAUCGCUGUCCUCGACAAUGCGCGAUGUCAGAAUAAAUGGGAGGAGGUUCCUGAACUUAUUCGGAAGGUGACCAAACAUGCGCCUCAAAAGACAGUCUUCCUCCAAAUCGCCUCCGCAGAGUCUCAAAUCGCCGCAUACAGUCAAAAACGGCCGUCGACGGCUCAGUCCUCGUUCAGCUCCUCGUCUACCCUAACUGAAUUGAUUCCUUCGUUGCUGUCUACUAUUGAGAAUGAAGAUGGGACACCGGAAGAACUAUUCCAAACACAAGUCUGCCUUGGAUGGCUACAUUGGUCACUCAACGAGCCGGGUUUGGCUGCAGCCCAUCUGCCAAAGGAUUUUGGAAAAGUAGCAAACAAACUGGGAGAGCAUAUCUCCCCGUGGACGGAGGUCUGUCUGGUCAAGGGCUGCUAUAUCAAAGGAGCUGCGCAGGCGACGCUUUCUACACCCCAUGAUGGAUUGGUUAUACUGAACACACUUACACCAUGGCUCAGUAGCCAUAGCGCAUCUCUCUCCUCGAAAUGCUCUCAGUUUUUGUACUGGUCCGAGAAAGUACUGGGGAAAGCUGCAUCAAUCGCGAGCGAUGAGGCGAGCAAAGGUGUCCCACUCGUCGAUGAUGAAGUCAUUAAAACCGCCCUCAAACUAUGCAGACUAUGGUCCGCGCAUCCGUACGUUAGCCAGCAAUCAUCCUCGCAGGCCUUGCAUGCAGAGGGUCCCGACGAGCUCGCUACCCAAGCGUCGAUCUGGAAAUCAUAUUACGAUUUGCUGACGGCCAUUCUUCAACAUGGGCUGCUGUAUGUUCCUCAGUCAAGCGGCCCUGACCGGCCCCAACUUGCCAGCGAAUUUAGGCGCGUGGAAGGAAUCUAUGAAACGCAGCUUAUGCGCGAAUUGAAAUUCCCUACGGCGAACAGCUCGAACUCAGAGGUCGAAAGCUGGGUUGAACAAGUAAUUCGGAAUUGGCAAAUUCUCUGUGGCCCGAGCUGGAGCGACGAGGAGCUUGGAGAAGGUGGUCAAAAUGCUCUAGGCCGGAGUGUUCUUGAUAUUCUCUAUCGUGCUGCUGCGAAAACAUAUCACUCUCACUUGAUCCUUCGUCGUUUGUUUCAUGUCCACUCGGCGUUGACAGACUUCGACCUUGCAGUGAAAGCUCUGGACUCAUACGUUGAGAUUGUUGUGGGUGCCAAGGAAAGAGCAGAGAAAGCUGCUCAAUAUGGUGAGCUAGAAAGCGAUGAGCAUUUAAUUCAGACUCUUGCAGAAGGCGUCACUAUGCUAGUUUGUUUUGGCUCAGAGGACGAGGCGAGAAAGGCAAACGACCUGGUCACGCUUCUGAAAAGAUUCGUUGACAAGCAUGUGCAGUUUGAGGGCGAUGAAGAGGAGGGGAGGAUACUUGUCAUACCAGAUCAGAACAACUCACAGGUCGUAUCGCCUAGGGUAAUUGCCACUGCAUACAAAGCUAUUGGCACAGGGCUCGCCAAUUGGGCGAGCUGGACACCGAUCAGCGAAGAUCGCGAUGACCUUCGUGCUGAGGCAAUUGAAAGUUUAGAAAGGAGCAUUGCCCCGGAGCUUGGUGAUGAGUUCAACUAUUCAUCACUAUAUACACUCGCGCUUUUGCUGGCGGAGAACCGGGAUCUGGAUGGUGCUAUCGAUUAUGUGAAGGUAGCACUGUCCUCCAAUUCUCACACUCAGAACGCUCAGUCAGAUUUGACUAGAGAGCGGGACCUUGUGCCUCUUUGGCACUUACUUGCGCUUCUCCUAAGCGCAAAGAGAGACUACGAUAUUGCCGAGCGUUCCUGCGAAGCGGCAUUUGAACAAUUUCCGAGCCCUGUUACCUCACUAGCCAACGGUGGGCAGCAACAAGGUUCUCGAGACAUGUUGAACGCGAUUGAGUUUAGACAUGCUUUGAUCAAUCAGCUGCGAGCCCGGGAGAAAGAACGCAUUAUCGAGACUCGCAUGACCCAACUGGCAUUCAUCGAGCUGCAAGAGGGUGCGGAGGCUGCUGUGAAUCACAGCGAUCAGCUGCUCAGCCUGUUCGCAACACUCUUCCAGGAUAUAGACUUUCAACCUAAUGAAAACAAGGAUCGCAAGCCAGAGCAUCUUGUUCCUCCAAAAAGCUCGGCUGGGACAGUCAAGAGCUUACGGGGUAGUAUUUUUGGUCGAAACAAAGCAUCUCGAGCUACCGAUCGAAGAGUCGAGGCUGUCAAUGACAAUAAGCCCGUCAGUACCAGCUCCUCAAUUCACCACGACCAUGUGCUUAGCACGGACUUUGCACCUGCCAUCCAAGUUACAGACGAGCACAAUGGAAUUGCCGAAAACCCAGAGACUCUUGGUAGAUCCGAUUCAACAAGGCACAAAUUGCGCAAGCGCAGCGGUACACUCAAAAAGCCAGAGGACCAACGUUCAACCUACAUGAAUGGCUCUGAAGAUCCGGUCAAUGGAAUUGGCAUGGGCACCAACGGUUCUAGAACACCACAACAGUCGGGUAGCGGAGAAGAUCUUCCUCCAGGUGCAGCCGGGCUUGCGGUCUCUCGUACCGCAGACCAACCGCAGAGCGCGAAGCAGCCGCUUCGGCCUGUCGCCCACAACAUGGAUCAGAAAGAGAUCCCCCCUCCAGCAGGUCACUCAAGGCAGCCGCCAGAGCAAGAUGUUCGGUUGCCGUAUCGGUUUGACUCGCCAACGAGAGCGAUCACCAAGUUCCCGCCCGUCCAGGCUCAGAAAAACGCCCUCGCCAUUCUUGUCAAAGUCUGGCUUUUGAUUGCGGGACUCUAUCGCAGAGCCUCCUUGUUUGAGGAUGCGCACGAGGCUUGUGAGGAGGCAGCCAAACAUGUUGAUCGGGUAGAGGCUCUUGUUGCAGCACAAGAAUCCUCGGCAAGAGCAUUUAGAACCCGUGGAUGGGCUGCAGCAAAGAGCUCGGAAGAGUUAUGGGCCGAUCUUCACACAGAACAAGGUCUCUUGGCACUAGCUCAAUCGCGGCCGCAUGAGGCAUUGGAGCUUUUUGAGGAGGCUUUGGUCCGUGAUCUAGACCACCCGAAAGCGACCGUCUACUUGGCGAACCUGCUGCUCGACAUCUGGGACAAGAAGAUGACAGUAGAUCCACCAGACGCAGAUGACCUCCGUGCUGAGAUGUCCGCUCUACAUCUACCCGGGGAGCCACCUCAAAAAUCUAAGCCCUCCACGACGCAAGAUCAAAACAAGGACGCCAACGCGGCAGGGACUACGCAGCCAGAUGUGCAGGCGUCUGCCACUGGACCCAAGGAGGAUGAACCCAAGCUGCUCAACCGCAUCGCUGCUCGAGACCGAGCCUAUAUGCUUUUAUCGGCCUUAACGAAGCGUGGCACAGCAUGGGAUAGCUCCGAGGCUUGGUAUGCGCUCUCGCGCGCCCAUGAAGCCAGUGGUGAAAUUGAGAAGUUGAAGGAUGUUCUAUGGUGGUGCAUCGAACUCGAAGACCGACGGCCGAUUCGGCAUUGGUCAAACAUAGGUUCUGGCAGAUAUGUCCUGUGA